AUGUCAGCGAUUCCAGAAAAAUUCUACGGUCGUUUCAAUCUUGAAAAGAGCGAAAAUUUCGACGAAUUUCUCGCGUCAAAAGGCGUAAAUUGGUUUGUGCGUCAAAUGAUCAAACUCGCCGGUGUGUCGAAGGUAAUCGCUCAAGGGCAAGAGCCAGGAAAGUACAACUUGGAGAAUCUAACCUCGAAACGAAACACCUUCUAUCAUAAUUGGGAAUUGGGAAAAUCGUUCGAAGCUGAGGGAUUGGACGGAAAUCAACACAAAAUAACUUUCGACUGGAAGGACGGAGUUCUUUCGGAGCAUCACGUUCGGCUCAACGAUCCCGCAAACAGCGCGGAGACUUACUUCUAUACAAUCAAUGACAACGAUCAAUUAGAAAUGAAAAUGGAGAACAAUGGAAUCACCUGCCGACGCUGGUUCAAGAGAGUUCCCCAGCAACAACAAUGA